AUGGCAUCCAAUAUGAUGCCGUACACCGGCCUUGUUCCAUCCUUGGAACGUAUACGUGCCGAGCACAACGAUGACAGCACGUUUGUCAUCUACUUUUCGCAAAGGCUGCGUGUCCUAGCAAACCGUUGUGGACGACAGCGCCAUCUAGGCAAGGCCAUACCGCGGCCUGUUCUCGAGAAGACACUCUUCUGUGAAAUGUUCGAGAUUUGCAAGAGAGAAAGACACCCUCUGCACAGUGAGCUUGCCCGUACGACUCAGUGGUGCGAUCCGUACGACGGCUUCGAUGGUCUCGAGGAGCGCCUCUUGGCAGCUAUGCGUGAGGCCCCUCACGGCCUGACUCGAGCACUAAAGCUGGCAGAAGGCUUGCUAGUCGACGAGAUACCUGGAAAGACCCAAAUCUCGAAGACUGAGCCGCCCAUGACCAAGGCUGUAGGUCUACGAAAUUCGGAGCGUGACCUCAACGACGAUGGCCCUCCCGGCUUGGGUCCGCCGAGUGGACUUCCUGUCGAGAGCAGCUCGGCUGGUAAUGCCACCAAGAGAAGGAAGCGGGAACACUCUGAUCCUAAUCUGGGAGAGAAUCAUGCUGCUGAUGCUGGCGAGGAGGCUGACAUUGUCAUGAAAUGGCAAGACUGUUGUCGCGUUCUCACGACGAUCCCCAAAUCCUUCACCCCCGUCGCAAAUACCCUAGAGACACCAAGCGUCGAUCAUCAGAUGUUCCUACAAGCCCUUGCCGCCGGGCUUGAUGGUCCUGAGAACGUCACCUCCUUCCUGAAUGAUGAGGCUUGCGACGACUCGUGGAUUUGCCUGACUACUCUGUGUGGUAGCAACGACUACUUCAAGGUCAACAAAGCGGAUGGAAAGUGUCUCAUUUGCAACGCUGCUGGGCGCGGUAAAUGCGUACAGGUGGUCAAGCGCCAGACAGGGGCCAAGUACCGAGUUGUUGGUUUCGUGUAG